GCUGUCAUGGCCGCCGUCAACUGCACUUUCAUUUUUAUUCUUUCUGCGAUCCGGCAGCGUGGUUGCGGCCACCGGUGACGGCAGCGGCAUGUCGUGUCUAGCCAUGCUGCCGCUGCCAAGCCUGGUUCGGACCCAACUGAAGACCAGGGGAAGUGUUCGAUACCUUCGUAGUGUCUACCGGCCGCACACGGUUCGACAGGCGAGUACGACAGUGCCCAAGGUUGCUGUGGAAGAAGCUAAGGCCGGCGAAGAGCUCACUCCUGUUGUCUGCGUGGAGCCUCCGGUGCUGUUCGUGGCCAGAACGGGUUGCUUGAUGAGCAUCCCGGAAGCGGCCAUCAGCCAUGGCACAGACAUUGUGCUCUCCCCGGAGCCUGUCCGGCAAGCAUCCAUCGAGCCCGGUGAGGAGUGGCAUCGGCGCCACCUGGACCCUGCACGGCUGCCCCACUACUGCAUGGCACUGAGCAAGAUUCGACUCACAGGUCUGGUGGUGACGACCACACUGGCAGGUUAUGCCCUCGCACCUGGAGCCCUUGACCCCUGGAUUGUGCUGUUCACGGUGGCCGGAACAACGCUGACUUCAUGCUCUGCGAAUGCCAUUAACCAGUUUCUGGAGGUGCCAUACGACUCCCAGAUGAACAGGACGAAGAAUCGGGUCCUGGUACGUGGGUUCCUCAGCCCCUUGCAUGCCGUGAGCUUUGCGGCGGGGACAGCUGGCCUGGGCCUGUGGCUGCUGUCGGUGGGUGCCAACGGCCUGACAGCCAUGCUGGGUGGUGCCAACCUGCUGCUCUACACGUGUGCCUAUACCCCUCUUAAGCGCUGCUCCAUUGUCAACACCUGGCUGGGAUCCGUGGUGGGUGCCAUCCCGCCGCUCAUGGGGUGGGCUGCCUGCACGGGCACCCUCGACGCUGGUGCCUGUGUGCUGGGAGCGAUGCUCUACUCAUGGCAGUUCCCGCACUUCAAUGCCCUUUCGUGGAACCUGCGGCCCGACUACUCGCGAGCAGGCUACCGCAUGAUGUCUGUGACCCACCCGGACCUGUGCCGACGCACUGCGCUGCGACACAGCAUCUUUCUCGCAGGGUUGUGUUUUGCAGCGGCACCUCUCAGUGGACUGACCACGUGGACCUUCGCUGCCACCUCGAUGCCGUUGAACGCUUACAUGCUCUACCGUGCUUGGAACUUCUACCGCGAACCCGACAGUGCGACGUCACGGGCGUUGUUUCGGCUAAGUCUGCUGUACUUGCCCGUUUUGAUCGUCCUUAUGAUGGUCAGCAAACGGCGAGACGGUGCAAAGCAGACUUCAGGUGGUUCCUCAAAGCAGCUGCUGCCGGUGCUACAAGCGGGAAACUCCUGAGAAUGUUUACAUUAUGUCUAAGGGACAAUCUCCACAGUUGCGAAAUGGGAAGCACCUGCAAGCGCAUGACUGUAGAAAGGCUAUCGAAAGUCAAAACGGUGUCACUUAAGCAUUUCUCGCCAGGUUACUUGGGCCUUGUUAGACCGGAAUGAAGAACACAAGUCAGGACUAAAAGAAGAGGCUGAGUCUAAAAGAAACACAGGAGAGUCGUGGUCACAGCUGUGCUGGCUCCGAGACACCACUGCUUAUUUUUGUCAUGGAGCAAAAGAGUUUCAGAGACCCUGCUUUUGAAAAGAGAGGCUCAGAACUUCAUGCUGUCCAUGGAGAUAGCUGAGAACUUGCGACGAUGAAGCUUAGCGCAAUAUGCCCUGCAGGUCUGCAUAUGUGGAUUUCACAGCAGUCUCGGAGUAUGUAUUGCGCACUACCCCUGCAAACUGGAGAUGCUUCUCCUCAACGCAGCGCAAGCAGACCUCGGCGUCGUUUCUGCUAAAAGGUGACAAAGCCCGAGUGUAUUCAGCAAUGGCCGUCCAUGUGGUGUGCACUGUGGUCAUCUCGGCACCAGACACGGGAGUAUCUGCGAGCCUUUUAAUGCGAGCGUUUCAAGCGUGUGCCCUGUGAUAAUGUACCUCAAAUUCUGGCAACUCCCGGUGAUGCCAGUCAUAGCGCGUUCACAAGAUGUUUCAUUUGUGACGUCUGCCGAUGCGUAAUUUAAGAAGUCUCGUCACUUAUGCAAAUGUAUUUCGUUGCACUGGAACCACAACGCGUGCUUGUCCGGAGCGAGUACUUAGCAGUUUGCCUUGAGCACUGGUACUAGCUUGCUUAGACGAUCAAUGUGCAAGCCUGUAUGUACUGUACAUAGUAGGUACGUAGAUCUGUACAGAGAUUAAGUGUAACUUGUCGCUUUUUUGACGUAUUGAGUUUCUUGUGACAUGCGUAUGCACAAUGUUUGCAAGGUUUGUCUGGAGCAGAGAUGUCAUGAAUUGCGAAGGUGUUAGGCCAGACUUGUGCCAUCAGUUGGAAACCGCCUAUUAUUGUUGUUUUGUAGUUGCUACGGCUAUCAGUCACCGAGUUUAUUUGCCUUGUUAAGGUUGAUCACGAUGGUGUAACUUUAUUUGAUCCUCAUUAGAUUUGUCAUUUUAAUGGCAACUAAAGUUAUAGUGGCAUCUGAUUUGCACUUUAGGCAUUGUUAUUAUGCUGGAUGUUUUAUGUGGUUUGUCUUUGUUGGAAUAGGGUAUUUAAUUAACUGACCACACCUGUGGCAUUUGAAAAGUUCUAGAGCAGCAAUUAUCAUUCUAUGAAUUGAGUAAGCAAAACAAAAUAUUAAGUAAGUCUGGUGCGGGUCUCGUCUUACAUGUAUUUCAUUAAUUUCUGAAUUGCUUUGCUGUGUGGCAAAUGCAAAGUGUUCUUGUGCAGCCUUUCAAAAAUGCAUUUGGCUACAUGUCUGCUCUGUCGUCCACUAUACGAGCAUUUGUAUGUACUGUAGGAAAAAUGCAUGUGUACUUUUUCGUAGAUACUAUACGAUUGCACAGCAGGCCUUCAAGUACAGCUCACAAUUGCUUAUGCUUCAGUUGGAUAUAUCAGAUAGACUUGUAAAUUAGGAAAUUAAUUAAGAUUUCACUCCAAUGUGCUAAAACUAUGCGAGGCAAUUUAAUUCAGCAUCAACAAUGAAACAGCUAAGUGCCUUUUUUUCUGACAUGGAAUAAGCCUCUUUCUUCUGAUGUUUUUGACGAGUCUUAAAGGUCCCGGUGAUUAAUUUUAUAUGGUGCCAGCUGCAUCGCAGGCAUUUUUUAUGUACAGCCAACCGCAAAAAUUUGCGGAGCGUGCGAUGUGUGCCAAACUGCCUCUUCGCGCCACCUAGCGGUGCGCCAUCUUCUGUUGACCGCAGUGUGAGCCCCGAAAUGGGUCUUGUUAUUCAGUGGCCUUUCAGUUUUUACUGCCGCUUAGCGCAGUGUUGGCAGUUUCCAUGCGAAGCGAUUAUCUGCAGUACGACCAUCACAUUUCUAUUUUCAUAGCAGGAUCAUCACUAUCACGACAUGCCUCAUCCGUUGGCUAGGUGUCACUUUGUGAUAAAGAACAGUUGUGCUCAGAAACUGCUUUCUAGGCAGGAGUACUUAGACGCAGAUGCCAAAAGGCACGUCGUGUUCUGAAGUAAAAGUUGAAAAAUAUUUGUACCCAGUCAGAAAACAGAUAGACUCAAACCUCAUUAUAACAAAAUUGCAUCGUUCAUAAAAAUAAGUUUGUUAUAUACCAAAAUUUGUUAUAAAGGUAUUUUUCUAAUACUAUUCUUCAUUUACUUCGGUAUAGCCGAUAUUUCGCUACAUCCGGGUUUGUUAUAUCGGGGUUUGAGUGUAGAUUAAGGGAGGGAUGCAUCUUGGGCGCUGCGGUGCUGUCGAUUGCUGCUGACGUAGCGAAAGUACCGCGAAGAGGCUUUUGGCCAAGCACUCGCGUGGUCUGUAAAUUUUUGUGGCCGACUGUAUGUGUGUUCCAUUGAUUUUUUUACAGGGGUUGAUUGAGACAUUCUUUUGCGAUGCAUAAAGAUGGGUUUGUUGAUCAGGA